AUGCUAUCCGCAUCGUCGCCUCUGGUCUUUCCCGCCAGCUCGUCACCUAUCGCCCCUAAACGUCCGACACCCCACGAUGGCCGGCCCAAACCCACGUCUGGAGUGAAAGGCCCUUUUCUGAUUGAGGAUGAUGAUGAUUCAGAGCAAGAACCCACUCCCGAGGAUGAGGGACCGUCUCCAAAAAGGCGAGCGCUUCAGCCUCAUGCUGACGGAAAAACGGAAACUGGACCGGUUGCCGCAACCACCGAUGCACAUGGCGGUCAUGACAAGCAAGAUACCGGCUCAAGCAGUCACGAGAAUUUUAUGCCACCCCUCCAAUCUUUGCUUCCGGCUUGGUCUUCUCAGCGUCCACUAUUCCAAGGCUCAAUCCUCGAUAAUUUUCGGAACACCGCCUUCGCUUCCACGACAUGUAGCGGCAAGAAAAUUGCAAUAAAAUUACGGAAAACUACCGCCACCGCCUCGUAUGAGUCCAUGGCUGCGGCAAGGUCAAAAACAAAGGACGGCAGAGCAACUCGGAGUUACUAUGGUGUCGAAAUUCACGAGCUCAUCACGGCGGCGGGGAAGCCGGUAGCAAACAAGCUGGAGCAGCCAAGAUCAAGGAUGGAGGCACCACCCCAGCCCAUUGAGCCAGAGUCUCAUUCAGUGAAGAGGCCGAGAAAGUCGUUGCUAUGGACGGAAAAGUACCGCGCCAGAAAGUUCAGGGAUCUUUGCGGCGACGAUGGUACAAACCGAAUGGUGUUGCGGUGGCUUAAGAAAUGGGACCCCAUUGUUUUCCCUGGAGCGCCAAAGCCAAAGCCAGUCGUCACUAGGAGACCGGGGAUGAGCCAAACGGACCUGGAUGUGAAGGCUCACCGGAAGAUUCUGAUGCUCACAGGCCCUCCGGGGUUAGGAAAAACCACUCUGGCCCACGUCUGCGCCAAGCAGGCUGGCUACGAGGUCAUCGAGGUCAACGCGAGUGACGAUCGCGGCCGAGAUGUUGUCAAGAAUCUAAUCCGCACCAGCCUGGCAACGGAAAGUGUCAAGACUGUUUCAAACUCAAAGAUGAAAGAUGCCGUAGGCCACCAGAAAGUUGCUAGGCCAGUCUGUGUUGUGGUCGAUGAAGUCGACGGCGUAACAUCUGGUUCGGGAGCAUCUGGAGAAGGCGGGUUUGUCCGUGCAUUGAUCGACCUUGUCCUCACCGAUCAAAAGAAUACAUCGGAAAGCACAAAGCUAUCCGCCGGGAGGGAUCGGAAGACCAAAAAGGGCGACGAUUUCCGGCUGAUGCGGCCCCUCAUCCUCAUCUGCAACGAUGUGUAUCAUCCGGCUCUACGACCCCUGCGACAGUCCAACUUGGCCGAAAUUAUUCAUGUCGGAAGGCCUUCUGUAGAUGCCGUGGUCGGUCGAUUGAAGGCUGUGUUCGAGAAGGAAGGCAUUCCAUGCGAGAAAGAUGCGUCAAGGAAGCUAUGUGAGGCUGCAUGGGGGAUAGCCAGUGGCAUCGACGCCAGGCGGCAUGCAGAAAGCACUGUCCAAGGUGAUCUCCGCGGAAUCAUGGUCGUGGGCGAAUGGGUUGCUGCCCAGUUCAGGUCAUCCGUCCUGGGAGAUAACUGCGUGCUCACGAGGCAAUGGAUCGAGCGGAACAUCCUCCAAGAACUGGCCAGCAACACGGCAGGCGCACGGGGACUCGGCCGCGGAAGCGCCAGGGAUAUCGUCAACCGCCUCUUUCAGGAGGGUGGGGGCUUCCCGAAGCAGGCCAUGGAUCUCUCCGGACCCAAAAGCCGACACGAGCUCCCCGAGUCUGUUCUAGGUUUUGGGGAGCAGCAGAAAAAGUACUCGAUGGACCGACUGCAGCAGAUGAUUAAUACGAGCGGCGAGAUCGGCAACAUCUUGACCGACAUAUUCGCCCAAUAUCCCGAGCGUGAAUUCAACGACGACAUCUAUCUCACAAAGCCGAAUGAGGCGUACGAGUGGCUAUAUUUCUACGACUCAUGCCAGUCGCGGCUCUACGCCAGCCAAGAUUGGGAGCUGAGCCCGUACCUCUGCCAGCCCGUACUUGCGUGCCACCACUUGUUCGCCUCGCCAAAGAAAUUUGUCACCACCUUCGAAAAGCGCUGGGUUGCUGACGGCGCCGAUGCUGCACCAAUGCCCUUUUCGGGACCGCGAGCCGACUACCAGAGCCGAGAGGCAGAGAAGCAGACAAGGGCACAACUUCAAGCCCUUCAGGCUCAGCUAAGUCCGUCGCUUACCCGCCUGUUUCGCAGCCCCGAAGACGUUGCCACAGACUUCCUGCCAUACCUGGCACGCAUCCUCGCCCCAGACGUCAAGCCUGUUGUCGUCGGCGGCAGCCAGGGGUCGAUGGCUAGCGUCCGCAAGGAGAGCGAACGGGCCAUGGUGCGGCGCGCAUCCGAAGUGCUCGCCGAUAUGGGCAUCGCCCUGCUCAAGGGCAAGAUCGAAGACGACUCGGUCUAUAGCCGAGGGCCACAAUACGUCUAUCGCAUGGAACCCGAUAUCGAUGCCCUCUCAACCUUCGAAACGGGUGCAUCCAUUCUCUCCUCACAGGCACCCACGCGUUAUGCUGUCCGUCAGGUCCUCGACCAGGAACUUCAGCGCACCAUAGCCAUGCGUGAAAUGGCCAUGCGCCAGGCGCGGUUUCAGUGCGGCGCCGCAUCCUCGUCAUCGCUGUCAUCAGCACCGCCAUCGACUGGCCUAGUGGUGGCAUCUCUUCGAUCCCUCGUCGGCGAAGAGGAACCCGCCAAGAGCGGUGGCGCGGACAGCAAAGAGGCAGGGGGCGUCAUCGUCAAGGACUUUUUUGGGCGAGUCAUUGAGGCACGGCCACUUGCGGCGCCUGAUGGGAACGGUGCCGAUGGGAGAGCCAAGAAGGGUGACCGCAAGGUUUGGGUCACGUUUCACGAGGGGCAAAAUAAUGCGGUGAGGAAGCCGAUCUCGUUACAGGAGUUUAUGAGGGUGUUGUGA